AGUAUGCAUUUAUUGUUACUGCGGGUGUAAUGUAACAGUAAUUUGCGGACAGAUAGCAAGGCACAGCUGGGGUCGCAACGGUCGUCGUAAUCGCUAUCCGCCGAGUGCCGAUACGCCGGCAGGGCCGUCAGUCCAGUCUAGUCAGUCGCUCAAAGGAAUCCCUUGGUCUCGGAGAGUGUGGUCACGUCCUUUCCCGUCUUGUCCUCAGAGUAAUUAGCUCGACAUUCCUCGAGAAACGAUGGCAACGGCAGGUCGUGUAGUUGUCUACGGAGGAAAAGGAGCGCUUGGAAGCGCGAUUGUCUCUUUUUUUAGGCAGAAACAGUGGUGGGUUGCGUCCGUGGAUCACUUUCCGAACGAAGAAGCUGACGCAAAUGUGGUCGUCCAGUCUUGUGACGCAUGGACAAGCCAGCAUGAGCUGGUGCUUCAAGGAGUCGCCAAAGUGCUGCAGGAUGACAAGAUCGAUGCUCUCAUUUGCGUAGCCGGCGGGUGGGCUGGGGGAAACGCAGCUUCUGCUGAUUAUGUGAAGAACUGCGAUUCUCUUUGGAAAUCCAGUGUUUGGACGUCGGUGAUAGCUUCCAGCCUUGCAUCAAAGCACUUGAAAAAUGGUGGUCUGCUUGCACUGACUGGAGCCAAGGCUGCUCUUGAACCCACACCUGGCAUGAUUGGUUAUGGCAUGGCAAAGGCAGCUGUGCACCACCUUGUGCAGAGCCUUGCCGGUGACAAGAGUGGGCUGCCACAAGGGACAACUGUAGUGGCUAUACUCCCCGUGACCUUGGACACUCCAAUGAACCGAAAGUUCAUGCCCAAGGCCGACUUCUCGUCUUGGACUCCCCUGAGCUUUGUGGCUGAGUUGUUCUUCAAAUGGACUACUGGUCAGGAGAGACCAGUCAGCGGAAGCCUCAUGAAGUUGGUAACUGAAGGGGGUAAAACCAACGUUUCUGCCUAAUCCAGCCAUUUGUUCCUAUGGCCCAAUAAUGGCACCUAAUAUUAAUGAAAUCUCAGCUGAAGCAACAUGUUCUUUGUGCAUAUCAAUAAUGUGAACCAUGUGCAAAAAAUAAAUGUUGAAUGUUUUUUUUCUUCCA